AUGGGGGUGGAUGAUGGGUCGGUUUCGAUGGUGAAGAAGUUUUCGGAGCGUCGUUUUCUGAGGAGGGUGCUGGGCGAGGAGAUGGGCGACUAUGGUGGUGACCACAAGCUUUUAGUGAUGGCGGUUAACGCGGUCCUUUGGGAGUCUGGUUUUGUAGGAUUCGAUUCGGUAACGGGCAUGCGGGUGGACCCGUUUCACAUUGCGGACGAGUGGCCUUCGAACGCUUUCCUGGAGUCGCUCUGGUAUACUCUGCCCGAUCUUCUAAGACAUGGGUAUUGUAAUUCUGGUAAUAUGGUUGAAAGUGUUGUUCUGAAGUUUCAGAGUUUAGGGAACUUGGUGAUUAUCUAUGGGUAUUUGGCUAAGGCCGGGUCGAUGUUGUAUGAGGUGUAUUUGAAUGAGAAUAGGUUUGUGCCGGCGAUCAGUUUAGCUUAUAGUGACGAAGAAAAUGCGUACCCAGAAAGUGAGAUUAUAGAGUUUUGGAAGAUGGUGAAGGAUGGGCUCGUAUUGCCACUUUUGAUCGAUCUUUGUGAAAAGGCUAAUCUCCCUCCUCCGCUGUGCUUUAUGCGCCUCACCGGAGAGCUUAAGCUUAAGAUUUUGAAAUCUCUUCACUGCGUCGAUCUGGCAAGGGUGGGAUGCGUGUGUUCGGAAUUGAGGCGUUUGUGUUCAGAUAAUGAGUUGUGGAAACGAAAAAAUAUGAUGAGAGCUUUGGAGGAGGAGCAGCAGAAGCAGCACAGGGAUUUGUUGAAUGGAAGGGUAGGUUUGCUUCGUUUUGGAACAGUUUGUAACGCAUACCGGAUUUUGUUGAAUGUCAUGUUUGGUAGAUUUGUUAAAUUAAUGAUUAAGUAA